AUGCCGCCCCCGGCCCCUCCGCCCCCCGCCCGGCCUGGCCAAGCUUUCACCAUCGCAGCGCUGCUGGGACGCUCCUCGCCCCCCCCGGCACCUCCACCACCACCGACCCCUUCGUUGCCACCUCUGCCGCAUUGGGGGGCACCUCCCGGGCCGCUCUGCGCUGCGUGCUGCGGACCCCCGCCCGCCUGGGCUGCUCGCCUCGGGGCCACAGGCUUCCUGCUCUCCAAGUGCUGCUUCCCCAUCUUCAAAACCAAAGCUGGCAAAGCCAAACGGGUGCGUACCAUCUUCACCAGUGACCAACUGGCACGGCUGGAGAAGGAGUUUGCCCGGCAGCAGUACAUGGUGGGCACGGAGAGGUGCCUGCUUGCCUCUGCACUGCACCUCACUGAGGAGCAGGUGAAAGUCUGGUUCCAAAACCGAAGAAUUAAGUGGAGAAAACAAAGCCUGGAACAACAGCAAGCCAAAUUGGCCAAGAUGGGCCUGGCCACCUCACAGAGGAGCCCUGACUCCCAGAGCCACCGUGGUGACGAGGACAAGGACUGCCCAAUGGGGACUGAGGGCAUCCAGGAGGACACAGGCUCACCCCUGGGCUUGGGGGCUGCACCUCCCUCUGCACAGACUGUGGCAAAGUGCUGCUGAGCUGCCAGGGCUGCUUAUUUGUAUUUUUUUAUAUUGUUUUUCUGUGUAUUAUAUAUGAAUGUAUCAUAGCUGGCAAUGAGGGUAUCUAAUAUAUACAGGGCUUCGAUUAUUUUUGCAGUGCGAAAAUAAAUUAUUUAUGCGACUCUUGGUUUAGAGGAAAGCCCAGGUCUUUCUGUUGUCCCUCUGUCUCACGGCCUGUUUGUCUGUCCUUUAAUUCCUGGGUGGGAGAAAAGGCAGUGCAAGGAGA